CUUUCUCCGAGGACUUGAUGGCAAACAGUUCAGAUGCUGAACAUAACAUUUCUAACCUGUGCCAAACGUGCACUACAACUGUAGUUCUCCCGAUUAUCUACACAACCAUGUCUGUUACUGGCCUGCCGGGGAAUCUUAUUUCUUUAUGGGUGUUUAUGCGCAAGAUCCCAGUCAAAACACCCACCCACAUCUACCUGAUUAACCUCGGGAUCUCCAACCUGUUGCUCUGUCUCACCAUGCCUUUUCAGGCCGCGUACUACUCACUUGGGACCGAGUGGCACCAAAAUGACACAAUGUGCAAAAUAGCGAUCAACAUUUUAACUCCGGUCAUCCACAUCAACAUCUGCAUUGGUGUGAUGAUAUUGAGCUGGGUGGCAGUCAGUCGCUUUGCUUCACUGAUUCAACACUCCCAUGCUGACCGCCCAAGCCGUUGGCUUAAAGUUCUACCCGGAGCCUUCCUUUCUCGAAAACGUCACACGAAACUGGCUAAUGCUCUGUGUGUGGUCACCUGGGCUAUAGUUGGCAUAGCCGUCACAUCCUUUGUGGUGCUGUACUCAGUCAAGGAGGUCAGAAGCAUAGAGGACGGCGAUGGAGAUGAAGAGUGUUAUGGUGUGGCAGUUGAAGUUGGUGGGAAAGGAUCUCACAUUUUUGGUUUAGUGGCCGUUUCUCUGUUCUUCGUCUUUUUCCUGUUGGUCUUAUGCACCUAUAUGGCAGUGAUUAAGCACAUCUGGAGGUCCAAGAAAAGCGCGGUCAUCUCUGACAGCCAGCGAGUCCAUGUGAGAGUGUUUCGGAAUAUCGUCAUCAUUAAGGCUGUGCUGGUAGUCUGUCUCCUGCCUCAUCACAUUUAUAAAGCAAUCUUUAUUCAUAUCGUCAACAAACAGUCUUGGUCUACAGCAUCUUCAACAGACGGCUGCCAUCCACUGUCCAUGUAUGUGGAGGUCAAGAGCAUCCUCCUCUGUUUAGCGACUCUACGAGGUUGCACAGACCCUCUCAUGUAUUUCUUACUGGAUAAAACGUUUCGUAAUCACACGCUCAGCCUGCUAAGAUUACGCAGCAGUGCAGACGACAGUCAGUCCUCCAAGUCUAAUGUGGGACAGCUAUCUCAAGGAACAACAGGGUGUCAUUAGAUGUUAAUCUGAGAGGAUACUGUACUUCAUCACAAAGGAAACCCAUUGUGAGCAAGGUUUCCUUACAUCUGAAUGCUGCUUGCCACACACACCAAUAGGAAAGCAAGUCUUCCUUCUCAUUAUCUAGAUUACUUCCGCAUGUGUAUUGUUCUUUGGUUUACCUAAAGCUGUGAGAACUUUUGCAGUGGUUACACCUACAUCAAAAAGUCCCACAGUAGGCUUCUUCUGGUAUCAAAGGUUCUUGUCGCGAUUAAACGCUGAAGCUUUGUGUGGUAUUAUCAUAUUGAUUUAAGUUGCAAAAAG